AUGGCAGAAUUUUCACUUUGGCUCCAGGAAAAUCGCAGAUAGAUAUCAAUAGACUUGGCUGCUGGAACAGUUAGUGGAAUCUUUAAUUGUUUAUUUGGACACCCAAUGGAUACUUUGAAAGUGAGAAUGCAAAUGUCAAAAGAAAACUUUUGGAGGUCAAUAAUAAAAAUAAUUAAACACGAGGGGAUACUAGCAUUUUACAAAGGGAUGACUUUUCCCUUGUUAUCAGUUCCUUUUUUGAAUGCUAUAGUAUUUGCUGUUUAUGAAUAUUCACGACGGUAGUUUACAGGUUAUAAUGAAAACGGAAAACCCAUGACUUACUUCUAGACUGCAAUAUGUGGAGGGAUAUCUGGGAGUUGUGCAGCAACGUUGGCAUGCUCCAUUGAUUUGACUAAAUGUAGAUUAUAGAUGCAAAUAGACAAUGCACAUAAAAUAUAUAAGAAUCCUUUUGAUUGCUUAUGGAAGAUUGCUAAAUAAGAAGGCUUUAGAUAUAUAUUUAGGGGAAUGAAUGCAACAUAGCAAAGAGAAAUUUUGGGAUAUAGUGCUCAAUUCGCCACAUAUGAAUUCGUUAGAGAUUAAUUGAUGUGGUUAUAAGACAAAGGGGAACCAUCAUCUCAUGAUUUGCUGAUUUCUGGAGGGUUAGCUGGAAUGGCAUGUUGGGUUGUUGGAUAUCCUUAGGAUACGAUUAAGACUAUACUGUAAUGUGAGAUGGGUACUACAUAAAGAAGAUUCAAGCCUAAAUUUCUUGAUGGAGGAUUUAUUGAGUGUCUCAAAUAUAGGAUAAAAAGUGAUGGAGUUCCUUCUUUGUGGAGAGGGUUCUCAGCAUGUAUGCUAAGAGCCUUUUAUGCUAAUGCAAUUGGAUUCUAUGCUUACGAAAUCUCUAAGGAUUAGAUUUAAAAGUUUUAUGCAUGAAUAUUCAAUUAAUUACUCAUUAAUUUU